UGAACCGAACAGCCGCAGAAGAAGCAGCAGUCAUAUGUCAUGAUGAAGGUGGGGUUUGAAUUAUAAACAAGUGUUGCACAUUAAUGUAGGCCGGAUUGCUGGAAACUGAGCAACACACAACUCUAUCGAAAGGUGGUCUGUUUGCCGGUAUCAUGAGUCCGGCCCAAUGGGAUCUUCCUCCAGAGUUGUGCUGCAGGCCGAUGGCCUUUGUGGCCCUAACAGGCCUGGAUGUGACAUAUAAUGCUGUCCAUAGAGCCAUAUGGGAUGCCUUCUGUGUCAACCGUAGGGCAGACAGAGUUCCCAUCUCUUUCAAAGUUCUAGCAGGAGACCAUGAAUAUCCAAAGUGCAGAACCAAGAGAACAUCCUAUGAGUGGUACAUCCCUAAAGGGAUUCUGAAAACAGGCUGGAUGAACAAACAUCUGAACCUGGUGCCUGCAUUGGUCGUGCUUUUCUAUGAGUUGGACUGGGACGAUCCGCAGUGGAAGGAAAAGCAGUCGGAAUGUGCAACCAAAGUAGAAAUCGUCAGAACAAGUUUACAAGGAAGAAACACAAAGGUUGCGGUUGUUUUAAUUCAGAAGAAGACUCCUCUCCCUCCAGGUGAAGAUCUGGUGGCCUCUGAGAGAGCUUCUGCUCUGUGUGGUGCUUGUGAUCUUUCUGGAAAGUCCCUGUUUGUCCUGCCCCAUACCGAUCACCUGGUGGGAUACAUUAUCAGGCUGGAGAAUGCUUUCUAUGAACAUGCACAGACCUACUAUUAUAAUGAGAUCAGAAGAGUGAAAUCUCACAAGGAGUUUCUCAACAAAACAACACAUCAGUUGCUGUUUGUCAGGCACCAGUUUAAGAUGGGUUUCUUCAGCGAACUAAAGCAAGAUACACAAAAUGCCCUCAAAUAUUACAGGAUUGCAUACAGCCUCGUCCAUGAACUAAGAGCUCAUGAAACAAACAUCAUGGAGAUCAAAACCAUGGCUGGAUUCAUCAACUACAAGAUAUGCAGGCUGUGCUUUCAGCACAACACCCCGCUGGACGCAAUCGCUCAGUUCCGCAAACACAUCGACCUGUGCAAGAAGAAGAUCGGCAGCGCUGAGCUGGCGUUUGAGCACACCGCCUGGAUGUCCAAACAGUUCCAGUCAUUCGGUGAUCUGUUCGAUGAGGCUAUUAAACUGGGCCUCACAGCCAUCCAGACACAGAACCCAGGCUUCUACUACCAGCAGGCUGCUUACUAUGCACAGGAGCGUAAACAGCAAGCAGCGCAGCUCUGUGGUCAUGAGCCGGGUGUGAGUUACCCUGCACCCGACCCACUGGAGACCACCACUGGAGCUCUGGACUUCUAUGGGCAGAGACCCUGGCGGCAGGGACAUCAGAGCAUUGAUCCCCCUGACUCUGAGAAGGAGAAACAAGGCACCCUCGCUCUUCAAGUCAAAGAGAGAGAUGUUCUCCAUUCGGAGCUGAUCAUCGCCCUCCUGAGUAACGCUGUCGCUCAGUUUAAGAAGUACAAGUGUCCUAGAAUGAAGAGCCAUCUCAUGGUUCAGAUGGGAGAAGAGUAUUACCAUGCCAAAGACUACACCAAAGCAUUAAAACUGCUGGAUUACGUGAUGUGUGACUACCGCACAGAGCGCUGGUGGUCUCUGCUCACCUCUAUCCUGUGCACAGCUCUGAAGUGCUCAUACCUCAUGGGUCAAGUAAAAGACUACAUCACCUACUCCAUGGAGCUGGUGGGCAGAGCCUCUGUCCUCCCUGAAGAGCAGAAGUCCAGGAUUGAGAAAAAUCUGAUUAAAGUGCUCAUGAAUGAAGUCCCAGAGCCUGAACCAGACUGUGACCCGGCGUCUGUGAAGGCCGCUCAGUCUCUGUGGAGCGACCGCGUCUCUCUGUCCGGCAGUAAUGAGUUCACAAUUGAGGUCCUGGACAACGUGCCCUUUGUUCAGUGCAAAGCCAAGUUCCUGUCCCCCAGUUUCCACAUAGAUGAACCCGUCCAGCUGCAGGUCUAUGUGAGAGCUGACUGCCCUCAUCCUUUGCGCUUCUCAAAGCUCUGUGUCAGCCUUAGCAACCAGGAAUAUGAUCAGUACUGUUUGCUCGAGGAUGCUUCAAAAGGGAAAGAUAUUCUCGAACUUUCCACCCAGGAGAACAUGUGUCUCGUUCCUGGCAAAACCCGCAAAUACUGCUUCAAAUUCGUAGCCAAAACAGAAGAUGUUGGAAAGAAAAUAGAGAUCACGGCUGUGGGACUCAUGUUAGGCAGAGAGACGGGCCGUUACGUGUAUCUGAACUGGCGAGGUGGCUGGGGGGAUGCGGCUUCCUCCCAUGAGGCUUUGCAGGCGUCCCGCUCCUUUAAGAGGAGGACACGCUUCCCCGAGCAGCAGGUGGACUGGGACACAGUGUCCGUACAGUCCAGCACGAUGAUCAUCUCCAGAGUGCCCAGGAUCUCAGUAAAGCUGACCCACGAACCUCCAGCAUUAACCAAUGAGAUGUACUGCAUGACUGUCACCAUCCAGUCAGAGGAGGACACCGUAGCCAAAGACAUAAAGCUCACCGCUGGCCUCAAACCAGGUCAGGAUGCUAAUCUCACACAGACGACCCAAAUCACACUAAAUAGCUCAGAGGUUUGUGACGACUCUCACCCCGCCCUGCUUCCAGACAUUCCUAUCGGAGACCUGCAGCCUGGCCAGAAGAUCGUGAAGCACCUCUAUAUGCGCUGCGUGAGCACUGGAUCCAGAAUAUUCCUCUUUCACGUGGCCUAUUCUGUGGGUGCCACGGUGGAAGGCAAGGACAUCACCUGCAAGUGUCACAAAGAUGAAACUGUUACCGUGGAAACCGUUGUUCCCUUUGAAGUGGCCAUGAAGUUUGUGUCCAGUAAGUUUGAGCAUUUGGAGCGUGUGUACGUGGACGUUCCGUUCCUGCUGAUGAUGGACAUUUUAAGCGCGUCUCCGUGGCCGAUCCAGCUGGUGAACAGUGAUGUGCAGCUGGUCUCCAGUAUGACUGCUAUCGAUACGCCCGAGAGUCGAGUGGAAGGAGUGACACUGCAGACCGGCGAGUGUGCCAGCGAGUGUUUCCUGCUCAAGUGUCCUCCGGUUCAGAACGGCACCAGCACCGUGGCCUCUGGACAGUACGUCAUCUCGUGGAAGAGGAAGUCAACGCUUUCUGAGACAUCAGUGGUUAAAACAAUCAUCAUCCUCCCACAUGUGAUGGUGGAGAACAUCCCUUUGUAUGUACACGCAGAGUUGCCAUCAUACGGUCGUGUGCGUGAGUCUUUGCCUGUCAGGUAUCAUCUGGAGAACCGGACCGGGCUGGUUCAGGAUGUGGAGAUCAGUGUGGAGGCCAGUGACGCGUUCAUGUUCAGUGGACUUAAACAGGUGCGCAUGAGGAUUUUACCAGGGGCCGAGCAGGAGAUGUUGUAUAAUUUCUAUCCUCUGAUGGCCGGAUAUCAGGUUCUCCCACAGCUCAACAUCAACCUGUUACGCUUUCCAAACAUUUCCAGUCAACUGCUCCGACGCUUUCUGCCCUCACGCACCUUUGUCAAGCCUCAGGGCAGAAAUGGAGAUACUUCGAUAGAUGCCGCGUGAAGAAGAGGCGGACACAUCUCCGUUGGUGAUGAUGAAGGCUGAACAUUCCUUGGAGAACAUGUGUUUACAUGUGAUAUGAACUUAUGAAUUAAAUAUGAUGGAUUUUAGAUGCUAAUUUGUUGUAAUGGAGUGAUUGUGGUUUGCAAGUUUGUUGCACAAGGCUCAGAUGAUGCCCUGCUUAUGUUUUAAAACUAAACUGAUUUCACCACUGUUUUACUGUCUAACUUGUUCAUGAUCAUGACUUUGUGACUAAAACACACUUAAUAAUGCUUCAACUGUUCAACUGACAUCACACUAGCUGUUGAAAAAUAUUAAAUGUAUUGUCAUGGA